UAAUAAUUAUUCGAACAAUUUUUUUUAUAAUUAUUUAUAGUUACAAAAAAUUGAAAUCUACCUUCCGUCUCGGGCGGAGCCGAAUGGCUUACUUUUUUUACUCUUAUGGACGUUUUUUUUUGGUACUGAAAUAUGACAACUUCAAAUAUACAAUGGGUUUAAAAGUUACCUCCAGUUGAUACAAUGUGAUAAUUUAAGAGCUAUCGAUUGUCGGUAAAAAAGAUAUCAUCUACAUUUCAUUUAAAUAAUAUGGAGGUUAUGUUUUCAGAAUAAUUACAUUGUCGUUGUGUUCAUCGUGUCACGUAGACUUACUAUUGCUAAAUAAAGUACCUAUUAUUUAUCAUAAAGUGCUGUUAAUUUAUAUUUUGUUAACGAGUGAUUACAAUGCCGAAAUUUUUUGAUCGAUGUUGCAAUCCAUUUAAUUUGGAGAAGCAUAGAAAAAAAAUAUCCCUGCGAAAUUUACCGGAGCAUUUAGCAAUUCGAUACAAUUUGUCGACUGAUGAGCGAAUAUGUAGUUCAUGUUAUAAAAAAAUGCUUCAGCCCUCUGUUGAAAAUACUUCUGAUGAAAGUGAUGAUAAUCAAAACAAAAAUUAUCUUGAAAUUGAUCAAAAUAUUAUCAGCGGAUCUAUAGAAGUUUACGAUUCCGAACGCAAUAAUCUGACAGAGCCAUCGACAAGUUAUGGAGAAUCACUUGUUAAACAAAGUAGUUCGUCGUUAUCGGAACUGAGUCUGGAGAUAACUCGUCCGACCAUAAAUGAUGCCCUACUGUUGUUAAACCAAUCCCCAUUGCUUACGAGAAGACAGAAUGAUGAUACGUAUUUGAACAAUAAAAUCACUCGUGUUGCUAAUAAUUUGAGAAAGGCAUUAGGAGUACAAAAUGCAGUGGAAUUGCAAUGCAGCGAUACAGAUGCUGCUGAAAUAAUUGAAAAAUUGAGAGAGAAGUUUAAUGACACUGACACAAGCACAUCGUUACGUUUACAAAUUUUGACUCUAAUGCCGUCAAGUUGGAGCAUUGAUGAGAUUGUCGAGGUUAUGGGUGCUACGACGUAUAUGGCACGAUUAGCGAGAAAGCUUGCUGCUGACCAAGGAGUUUUACCAAUACCUGAAAAGAAAAUAGGCCGAUUUUUAUAAUGACGAUGAAAUGAGUAGUGUUAUGCCAGGAAAAAAGGAUUUUAUUUCAUUGCGUAAUGAUGAUG